UGGUGGUGGUGGUGGUGGUGAGGGUGAAGGUUAAGAGGAGGUGGUGGUGGUGGCGGUGGUCCUCGUAGAGAGGGAUGCAAAAGUAGACCUAGUGUUUCGGAAUAACAAAGACUGAGGAGGUGGUCGGCAUUUUGUAGUUUGGCCGUGCUUCUUCCACAUCUCAGCCUUUUGUUUUUUCCGAGACAUUGGCACAUUGCACCCCUCAUCCUCUAAUAGUUCUGUGCUUUUCCCAUUCCGAUCUGAAGCGUCCGGGGCAAUUUCCAUUCUUGUUCUUCAUUCACGUACUUGUCCGUCGGAUCUGGAAUUUUGAUUUCCUCCUGCCGAUUUGGUGAGGUUUUUGAAUCCAUUCCUCAAGACAUCGUUUUCAAAUCUUUUCAUGAGGGCAAUGCAGUCACAUAGCAUUUUUGGUGAGAGUUGAGGAAAAAACUUGAUCGAGCGUCUCAACUUGCGGUCAAUUUUGGGGUUUUGAUUGAAUUUGAAACGAUAAGUUCUCGUCUUCAGCUGUAAAGUUUUGAGGUAGAGAAACGACAAGUUCUGUAACAAUGCAUUUUAAAAGCAUUGUUCGCGAGCUUAGGGACAUGAGAGAUAGUAUAGGAAACUCGUCGAGAAGGAGAGCAGAGGGGAAGCACACGAACCGUCGUGGAAGAUCGCAUAUAGCCCCUGAAGGGUCUCCAUCUUCAUCUGCACUCUUUCAACAACAAAGUCAGUGGGCUAACAUGCCUCCCGAAUUGCUUCUUGAUAUAAUCCAGAGGGUGGAAGCCGCCGAGGCUUCAUGGCCUGCCCGUCGGGAUGUUGUUUCUUGUGCAUCAGUUUGUAGGUCAUGGCGGGAUAUCACCAAAGAAAUAGUCAAGACUCCCGAGCAAUGUGGUUGCCUCACGUUCCCUAUUUCAUUGAAGCAGCCUGGGCCAAGGGAAUCCCAAAUUCAAUGCUUUAUCAAGAGAGAAAGGGCGACUUCAACUUUCCGAUUGUAUCUUGGUCUGAGCCCUGCCCUAUCGGGGGAUGCCAGUAAAUUAUUAUUGGCUGCCAGAAAGAUCAGAAGGGCGACAAGCACGGAGUUUGUGAUAUCCUUGCUUGGGGACGAUUUCUCUCGAGCAACCAAUGCAUAUGUUGGAAAAUUAAAGUCUAAUUUUCUGGGUACUAAAUUCACCAUCUACGACAGUCAGCCGCCACAUGACCCUGCAGUCCAGUCGAAUUGUCAGUCAAACGGAAGAUUACAUUCAAAGCAGGGGUCUACCAGGUCACCCAGUGGUAACUAUAAUGUGGCCACCAUAUCUUAUGAGCUCAACGUUCUGCGUACCAGAGGCCCUAGGAGAAUGCACUGCACCAUGCAUUGGAUCCCCAUCUCUGCAAUUCAGGAAGGUGGCACCGCCCCAACUCCAAUGACAUUUGCAAAAUGCCAAAAGGAUCAAUUUCCUCAGUCAGCGGAUCCAAAAGGAAAGAACCCACUCAUUGAGUUUAGCUCCAACAGUCUUGCUGAGACACCAGAAUCCAUCCAAGACACGAGAAAUCCACUGGUUUUGAAAAAUAAAGCUCCUAGAUGGCAUGAGCAGCUGCAAUGCUGGUGCCUGAAUUUCAAAGGACGUGUUACAGUGGCCUCCGUAAAAAAUUUCCAGCUGGUGGCAGCUGUGGAGCCUUGCCAAAAUGUCUCUGUGGCAGAGCAAGAAAAAGUAAUACUACAGUUUGGAAAGAUUGGGAAAGACAUAUUCACCAUGGAUUAUCGAUACCCCCUCUCUGCCUUCCAAGCAUUUGCAAUCUGCUUGAGCAGCUUUGACACUAAACCAGCCUGUGAAUGAUCACAUUGUAUUAUCAUUAUAGGUCAUGAUCUUGCUAUGCUUCCCCCCAUAGUCUCUUGUAUAUAUAUUCUUCAAAGGAAGCUCUCUAGGCUUUGCCCAUCCUCAUCACAGAGGGCCUUUUAUGUGCAGGCAUUAGUUUUUGUAACAGCAAUGAUCCAGAGUGUAUUUGUAAGUGGCAAAAUCUAUUUUAUCUAUGGAAUGGCAGUUCCAUAAGAGUUUGCCCCAAGUAUGUAACUUCAUCACUCUUGGAGAAUUUUAUGCCUAAUUUUGCAGAAACUCAAAGAUACUCCUCUCAGUAGCAAAAUGAUUUCUUAUUAGCUGUAUAUUUGAAAACACAUGUAAUUUAUUUUGAUAUAUA